UCAGCCACUGUCGGUGGCCUCCCUCACAUCUCAUUUCAUUUCAUUUCAAGUCGCUCCCUCCCUCUCUUCCCCCGUCCGCCAGAUCCCGUCGCCCCUCCCGCGCUGCUCUACAGUUUCCCAUACACUACUGUACUAUAGCUCGCUUGGUUCGCCGCCUCCCUCACUCUCACUGGCAAGCACGUCCCGCUCUCUCACGACUGAUGCCUAUAACUCCCCGCGCCACGCACCUUUCCUCCCCCCUCCCCGCGUUCCCACACCGCCACGCGCUGUUCCUCGACCCGGAGCGUGGGCUCGUCUCGUGUAGCUUCGUUCGUUCAUGAGCGGCGGCGAGCAAUGAGGCUGUACAUCGCGGCGGCCGCCACCGACGACGACGACGCGACGAAGCCGCCGCCGCCGCAGCAGCAGAAGCAGCUGCAGGCGGCGCGGCGAGGUUGCCGCUCCAUUGUGGUCACGGGCCUGCUGGCCGGCGUGCUCCUCUUCCGCGCCGCGCUCCUCGCCAUCGAGACCGGCGCCUCCCUCUGCCCUUCCGCCACCGGUUGCUCGGACUGGAGGGCGGGGCUCGGGCACUGGCUCUACGGCGGCGACGGAGCCGGCGACGCGACGGAGGAAUUUAUGAAGGAGUGGAAGAGAAGCCACAGGGUAGCUACCCUGCUGGACCCCGUGGUGGUGGAAGCAGCACCGGAUUCCUUGGACGAUCUCAUGGCGGAGAUGGACACCAUUCUGGCGUCCUAUGAUCGGCUUGACAUGGAAGCCGUGGUGGUCAAGAUAAUGGCCAUGCUGCUGAAGAUGGAUCGGAAGGUCAAGUCAUCAAGAAUCAAAACGCUGUUCAACCGUCACCUGGCCUCGCUCGGCAUCCCCAAGAGCAUGCACUGCCUGGCGCUGCGGCUGGCCGAGGAGUUCGCGGUGAACUCCGCGGCCCGCUCCCCGGUGCCGCUGCCGCAGUACGCCCCUCGCCUCACCGACGCCUCUCGCAUCCACGUCUGCAUCGUCACCGACAACGUUCUUGCGGCCGCUGUCGCCGUGUCGUCCGCCGUCAGGGCCUCGGCCGGCCCGUCGAGGCUGGUGUUCCACGUCGUCACCGACAAGAAGAGCUACGUCCCCAUGCACUCGUGGUUCGCGCUGCACCCGGUCUCUCCGGCGGUCGUCGAGGUCAAGGGCCUGCACCAGUUCGACUGGCGCGACGGCGAUGCCAUCGCCUCCGUCAUGAGGACCAUCGACGAGGUCCAGAGGAGCUCGCUGGAUUACCACCAGCUGUGCGAUCGAUCGGUGGAGAGGGAGUACAGAAGGAUUGAGGCCACCAAGCCAAGCACGUUUUCGAUCCUCAACUAUCUCAAAAUCCAUCUCCCAGAGUUCUUCCCGGAGCUCUCCAGGGUGAUACUACUCGACGACGACGUCGUGGUGCGAAAGGAUCUGGCCGGGCUAUGGGAGCAGGACCUUGACGGGAACAUCAUGGGCGCGGUGGGCGCGCACCGACCCGGCGCAGACGGUGGCAUCUGCAUCGAGAAGACUCUCGGCGAGCACCUCAACUUCUCAGACCCUGCAGUGUCGUCGCUAGGCCUCGACGGUUCGCACUGCACCUGGUCUUGGGGCGCCACCAUCAUCGACCUCGACGCUUGGCGAGGAGCAAACGUCACCGAAACGUAUCAGCUAUGGCUGCAAAAGAAUCGCGAGUCGGGGUUCAGACUGUGGAAGGUAGGAUCGCUGCCGCCGGCACUGAUAGCGUUCGACGGCCGGGUGCGGGCGAUCGAGCCGCUGUGGCACCUGCCGGGCCUCGGCUGGCGCGUGCCCGACGACGAGCUGCUGCAGCUCUCCGCCGUCCUGCAUUUCAGCGGGCCGCGGAAGCCGUGGCUGGAGGUGGCGUUCCCGGAGCUGCGGGAGAUGUGGCUCGGGCACUUGGAUAAGUCGGACAGCUUCCUACGAGGCUGUGGCGUGGUGGAUUGAUGGCGAUGGAACAGGGAUUCAACUUCAAGCUGGAAAAGGGGAUACAAGUACAGUGAUCCGAUGCAAGAACCGGGUGCAGCGAUGGGUCUGUGAUGAGAGGGAAGUAGGUGCUGCCUUCAGCCUCUCCUGGACCUGGCUCUGCCACGUUUGCUGCUUUAAGGCCACUGAGUAGAAACUACUCAUGGCGUAUAUAUAUAACUGGGAUAUUUAUUUGGUGGUUACAACAAGGAAAUUGGCUCCACAUGAACAUGAUGAACUCACUGUAUGGAGCUAUGAUUCAUUUAAUUGACAUGAUGGACUCACUGCAAA